GGGAUACUUCUGCAAAUGCCUGAGGCGGCGGCGGCGAUGGCGCAGGAUUACCUGCAGGUUGUGGUAAACUUCCUGUGGCAUCCGAAUGAGUCCUCGUAUCAGCAUGUUUGGCCGCCGAUAGAAUUUGGAUGGAGGAUUAUCGUGGGGUCGUUGAUUGGAUUCUUUGGAGCUGCUUUUGGAAGUGUGGGAGGAGUGGGUGGUGGUGGGAUUUUCGUUCCUAUGCUUACUCUUAUUAUCGGAUUCGAUCCCAAAUCUUCCACUGCCAUUUCAAAAUUUAUGAUCAUGGGAGCAGCAGGAUCAACUGUUUACUAUAACCUCAAGCUUCGUCAUCCGACCAUCGAUAUGCCUAUCAUCGACUAUGAUUUGGCUUUGCUGUUCCAACCAAUGCUUAUGCUUGGAAUCAGUAUUGGAGUUGCCUUCAAUGUUCUCUUUGCUGAUUGGAUGGUGACUGUUCUCCUUAUUAUCUUGUUUAUAGGAACAUCAACCAAGGCUUUCAUGAAAGGCGUUGAAACUUGGAAGAAGGAGACGAUAAUGAAGAAGGAAGCUGCCAAACAAGCUAAUGCAACUGGUAAUUCAAGGAACUGGAAUGAAGAAACAGAUUACAAGCCACUGCCUGCAGGACCAGGCGGCGGCACUGCUACCAAGUUGCUCAUUAAGGAGGCUAGAAAAGAAGAGGUUUCAGUCAUAGAGAAUGUUUGCUGGAAGGAACUUGGCCUUCUAGUUGUUGUUUGGGCUACAUUCCUUGUGCUUCAAGUUUCAAAGGAAUACACUCUAACCUGCUCAAAGUGGUACUGGCUCUUGAAUUUGCUACAGAUCCCAGUAUCUGGAGGGGUAACUUUGUAUGUUGCCAUUGGCUUAUACAAAGGAAAGAGAGUAAUUGCAUCAAAAGGAGCCGAAGGAGCAGAAUGGAAAGCCAUUAAGCUCUUCAUGUACUGCUUAGUUGGUAUUCUCGCUGGUGUCGUUGGUGGACUUCUUGGUCUUGGUGGAGGGUUCAUUCUAGGUCCUCUCUUCCUAGAACUUGGAAUACCUCCUCAGGUCUCAAGUGCUACAGCGACCUUUGCAAUGACAUUCUCCUCUUCUAUGUCUGUUGUAGAGUACUAUCUCCUCAAGAGAUUUCCAGUUCCAUAUGCCCUUUACUUUGCAGCCGUGGCUACAAUGGCUGCCUUAAUUGGCCAGCAUUUGGUGAGGAAGCUCAUCAACAUACUGGGAAGGGCUUCUCUUAUUAUCUUCAUUCUGGCUUUCACCAUCUUUGUUAGUGCAGUCUCACUGGGUGGGGUUGGCAUUUCAAAUAUGAUCCAAAAGAUUCAUAACAGUGAAUAUAUGGGAUUUGAUAACCUCUGCAUGUAUGACCCUUAGAAGCAAAGUUUUUUUAACACUAAUUCAUGAUAUUAUUAGGGCUAGUGGCCUUGUUUUUAAUUUGUUCUUAGUUUUUUUUUUUGUUCCUUUUUUCUGUAUCAAUUUUGCAUUUGAUAGUUCAAUAAAGCCUUUUUCAU